UAGGUCAUUUUAAAAUGAUUGUUUUUCUUUCCAAAGACAGCACCUCAUACUACUAAAUGACGUGUUUUAAGCAAACUGGCGGUUGUAACCGCUUUUCACAACCUUGACUGGUGACCCGAAGUUGCAGCUUUGGGGAAUCUACUCUGCUUCUCCGCGUCAGGUCUCAGACUCGCCAAGCUGCCUUGGUCAUGUGCAGAGAUCAUUAACCUAAAUAAUGUACAGCAAAUGCACGAUGGCUAUUUUACAUAUAAUGUGCUGUUAAAAGUGAGUCACAGACAUUGACGUGAGGAGGAAGUAUGUGCUUAAGACAAAAAUGCAAAGGUACAGGAUGAUUUCAGAGCGAGCGCAGAAGUGUGGCAACGUACAAAUGUCAGGAGGGAGCUGCAGAGUAUUUACAAAAUUAACAUUUUGAAAGAUUUCAAUGGGGCGUAACGGGCUCGUUCUGCGUGGUGCGCCGGCAUCAAAGUAAAUUAACUGGCAAGUUUGCAUGAAUGUCCUUAAAUUGCGCGUGCUAAGGGGUGCGUGAUGGGCACUGAUCCCCGCGCGGGACGGAAGCGCAGACGCCAGCGAGGCUGACAGGACGGCGUUCACCGAUCACUGUUAUCCAGCAUGAAGCAAUGGGCAGCGAUGAGCAUCACAGCCCGAGCUGCACACACAGAUACUAGAAGUGAUCUGGAGAUGCUGAAUCAGCAGAGAAACAGUGAGCUGCCUUUGCUGAGUAAGUCUACAAGGCUCGGUGCUUUCCCUCACUCGCAGAGAGAGCGUCCGCUACUAGGGACCAACCGGCCCUAUCCACAGAGGUUGCCACAGCUGGACGUGCCCGUCAAGCAGAUGGUGGCUCGGAUCCAGUUGCAGCACCAGUCCGAGGGCAUCAUGCCCCAAAUCGGCCACAAAGGGUUGAGGAGCAGCUGCCAGCAGGGCCGGCAGAGAAAUUCCCAGUGUCCUGUACGCUUAUCUGCAGCUGCCACUGGCAAAGGCAUCUUCAACAAGUGUGAUAAAGAGAGGUUCUUUGAAGGACAAAGGCUCCCCAUGUUACCUACAGAGGCUCUGAAGAACUUCCAGGACCGGCUGACGGAGUUUGAGCAGGAAGAAAUCAUGGACUAUUCCGAGAUCUGGUACUUGGGCCUGGAGACUAAAAAGAUUGCUGGCUCCCAAGGAGCAGGACAGAACUCCGGCUAUGAUGACGAGCAAGGGAACUACAUAAAGGUCCUACACGACCACAUCAGCUACCGCUUCGAGAUCCUUGAGGUCAUCGGGAAGGGAUCAUUUGGGCAAGUCCUGAAAUGCCUGGAUCACAAGAACAAUGAGCUGGUGGCCAUCAAAAUCAUCCGCAACAAGAAGAGGUUUCAUCAUCAAGCAUUGGUGGAGCUGAAGAUCUUGGAGGCGAUACGGAGGCGAGACCGAGACGGCUACCACAACGUCAUCCACAUGAAGGAGCACUUCUACUUCCGCAACCACCUCUGCAUCUCCUUUGAGCUGCUAGGGCUCAACCUCUACGAGGUGAUCAAGAAGAACAACUUCCAGGGCUUCAGCCUGACACUGAUCCGACGCCUCGCUCACUCCAUCCUCAAGUGCCUGCAGAUGCUGCACAGGGAGAAGAUCAUCCACUGCGACCUCAAGCCGGAGAACAUCUUGCUGACACAGAAGGGACAGUGGAACAUCAAGGUUGUUGACUUCGGCUCCAGCUGCUAUGAACAGCAGAGAGUGUACACCUACAUCCAGAGCCGCUUCUACCGCUCCCCGGAAGUCAUCCUGGGACACCCCUACAGCAUGGCCAUCGAUAUGUGGAGCCUGGGUUGCAUCCUGGCUGAGCUCUAUACUGGUUACCCACUCUUCCCGGGGGAGAGUGAGGUGGACCAGAUGGCAUGCAUCAUGGAGAUGUUGGGAACGCCGCCAGAUGACUUUGUCCAAACAGCAUCAAGAACAAAGUUAUUUUUCGAUUCUCAAGGGAACCCCAGGAACCUGACGAACAGCAAAGGCAAGCUGAGGACGCCCAGCUCCAAAGACCUCGGCACCGUGCUGAAGACCAACGACGUGCUUUUCCUGGACUUCCUGAAAGGCUGCCUCGUAUGGGACCCGGCGACACGCAUGACUCCCGCUGAGGCCUUGCAGCACGACUGGAUUCUGGAGGGACGGAUCAACAGGUCACGCAUCAGGCACCGGCCUCUGAGAUAUCAUUCUGUGAGCCAAGUCAACUCGGAAAUCAGAAACCAGCAUGUUCCCACCAGAGUAGUAAAUAAUAGGACAGCAGAAGCGGAAGACUCAAACAGCCCGGACAAGGUCAAGGGUCAGAGUGAAGGACAGGGAGGCAGUACAGGGAGUGAUGAGCGUCUGGGUCCGACUGGGGAGUCGGUGGUGGGGGGCACCAGCGAGAGCAAUUCUGGCAGCUCGGUGGAGACGGCAACCCAGCCGGUGAUGGGCGAGAGGCCGGUCCACAUCAUCAUUGAGCCCAAGUCUGAGCCCGAUACAGACAGCGAAAGCCUGGGGCAAUCUUCUGACCCCUCCCCCGCGGUAUAACAGCCAGGGCAGGGUGCUGCAUGGGGGUCUUACAUGUGUGCGGGGCACAUAAUCUCUCAGAGCUGGUCACCUGACUCCUAGGUCAUAAGGUCAGCGACGCCCUCUGCAGGAGACGUGGUUUAUGUGUCACUCAGAUCUGCAGAGCGACGGGAGUUAGUAGCAACAGCAACAUGCAGGUUAACUCUCCGGAUCCCAGUGACAGAUUAACUGUUGUGUCUUUACGUGGAGGCACUGUGCUCACCGUCCGUGUUUCUGUUUUUUAAUUAAUAGCCGAAGCCAAACUAGAUUGUUAGGAAAACUGUAGCAGCUGCCUGACGCCAGCUAUGUGUACCAUGCAUAUGCUUUGCUCUAAGUCUGGGAAGCCUCAGAGAAUGUAUGGAGCCUGACAGUGGGUGCUGUCAGGGCAGAACGCUCCUCUUCGGAUCUGUGGACUGCUGGACACCUUCAUCCGGAUUGAGGUCCGAGGUGACCAACACUCAGAGCCCCUGCAGAGCGUUUUGAAGAUGCAGGAGUGUUUAGUAAUGCAGAGAAUUUCCAGUCGUCCCGUAAUUGCGAAUUUUCUGUUGGAUCGAUGUUCCCUCAUUGCAGAAGCACAAACACAUUCUUUGCUCUGUGCCUCACAUCAGUAUUUUUUUUUUGUCUCGAAAAUGUGAAUCUGCGUCAUUCAGCAAAGUUUGAAGCGCAGAGACUGGAUACCUACUAAAGUCCGAUGAUAAAUUCAGUCAUGGUCAACAUUGUUAUUUUAUCUGUGUCCCACAUGUGGGAAAUUAGAGUAUAUUUUUCAGUAUUUAUGUUCGAUCACUGGUUUCUGUUUCAUAGUUGUUUCGAAUAAUAACACUUACUAUGUCAUGUGUUUAUAUAUUUUAUUGUUAAAAUUAAUGAGUUAGCAGUGAUUCGAUAUUGUAAGAUUUAGAUAUUUCUAAAAAAACUUUUUAUAUGUUUUGCUUAAUUUUUGUAUUCCACGCAAAUAAUAAUGUAUAUGUUAUAGAGAGGUGAAUAGGUUUUACUUGUUCACCAAUAAUAAUGUACAUGUUAUAGAGAGGUGAAUAGGUUUUACUUGUUCACCAAUAAUAAUGUACAUGUUAUAGAGAGGUGAAUAGGUUUUACUUGUUCACCAAUAAUAAUGUACAUGUUAUAGAGAGGUGAAUAGGUUUUACUUGUUCACCAAUAAUAAUGUACAUGUUAUAGAGAGGUGAAUAGGUUUUACUUGAUCAUCAGUAGUUAUGUGUAGGUUAUAAAUGAGCCUUUAAUGAUCCUUUAAUAGUUUUUUAUCUAAUCUGUUACCUGCUGGAGCUGGGGUCUUUUACUGUAAUCAAUAGUGGGUAGGGGGGG